UAAUUAUAUUUUUCAUAGAAUAUUUACGUACGAAAAAAAUCAAUUAAUCAAUUGCACCAAACAUAUAUAUCUUAUGAUCGACGUUGUGUAUCAUAUAAUGGUUUUGUAUUGGUUCUGCAACUACACUUGGCCUUCGAAAGUGAUACAAUUCAGUUUUCAACGUGUUUUAAUCCCGCUCACACAGUCACACAUAUCUCGUUCCUGUUUUGUUUGUUAUCCUACAAUAUUCGAGUAUGAAACUCGAUCACUUUGGAAUAAUGGAGUAGGUGUCAAGCAAAAAGUAAGAAUGCCAACGGGGCCAGGUAGUGCUGUUCUUGUAUAGAAUACUCUCUCAACAAUCGCUGUUAUCGAUCACCUUGUUAAUUCAUAUUCACUGUUGAUCAUACAGAAUGGUCUAAUGUGAUGCUCAUUGUUGCAGCAAAAGCAAAACUCAUAGGUCAUAGACAUAAGCCAUGGCUUCUCCUCCUCUACCACCCACUGCUAAGAUAUUCUGCCCCAACUCCACUUCGCAUACCUCAACAGCUACCUUCAAUCCUCUCUUCCCCAAGAAAUCCCGACGACCUUCAUUGGCCACAAACCCUAAGCAAGGCUUUGUAUGCAAGGCAACAAAGAACAAUGACCAAAAUCAUGACUGUAUGGGAAAACUUGACAGGAGAAACAUGCUCAUUGGCUUGGGUGCUGGUGGUCUAUAUGGCACGGCAGGUCUCGAAACUAAUCCUUUUGCAUUUGCCGCACCUGUGCCACCGCCCGACCUAGCCACAUGCGGUCCGGCGGACAAACCCGAUGGUACAAUUAUUGACUGUUGCCCGCCAAACACCACCACAAUCAUAGACUUCAAACUACCCGAUCCGGGUCCUAUACGCACUAGGCCGGCAGCCCAGAAUGUCGCAAAGGACCUGCUAUACUUGGCCAAAUAUAAAGAGGCAGUUGAGCUCGUGCGGGUCCUACCAGAAGAUGACCCACGAAGCCUGGCCCAGCAAGCUAUGGUCCACUGUUCGUAUUGCGACGGCGGGUACCCUAUGGCGGGGUUUUCCGACCUUGAAAUCCAAGUCCACUUCUGCUGGCUCUUCUACCCUUGGCACCGUUGGUAUCUCUACUUCCACGAGAAGAUCAUGGGCAAGCUCAUCGAUGAUCCCACUUUCGCUCUUCCUUUCUGGAAUUGGGACGCUCCGGCCGGCAUGUAUAUCCCCUCCAUUUUCACCGACCCCACCUCCUCUCUCUAUGACCAAUACCGGAACGCAGCGCAUCAACCCCCUAAGAUUCUAGACCUCAACUACGGUGGCACUGACGACGACACUGAUGACAAGACUAGAAUCAAAGAGAACCUCACCACCAUGUACCAACAAAUGAUCUCUAAAGCAACUUCUCACCACCUCUUCUUCGGCGAGCCUUAUAGGGCCGGCGACGACCCGAACCCCGGGGCCGGAAACAUCGAGAGUAUUCCACAUAAUAACAUCCAUCUUUGGACUGGAGAUCCUACUCAAACUAAUGGGGAGGACAUGGGAACUUUCUGCUCAGCAGGAAGGGAUCCUAUCUUUUACUCUCACCAUUCUAACGUAGACCGCAUGUGGUCUCUCUACAAAGCGCGAGGUGGGACUGAUAUCACCAAAACCGAUUGGCUUGACACCGGGUUUUUGUUCUACAAUGAGAACAAGAACCUGGUCCGAGUCAAAGUCCGGGACUCGCUCGACGAGUCGAAACGUGGGUACAAGUACCAGGACGUGGACAUACCGUGGCUGAAGUCAAAGCCUACGGCAAGGAAAUCAAAGAAUAAAAGGAAGGCGGCGGUUUCCUCCGCGCAGUUGACUUCGAAGUUCCCGGCCACGUUGAGUGAGACUAUUAGUGUUGAGGUGGCGCGGCCUUCGGCGGCUAAGAGGACAGCGGCGGAGAAGGCGAAGGAGGAGGAGGUCUUGGUGAUCAGUGGUAUCGAGUUCGCCGGGAGCGGGAUGUUGAAGGUUGAUGUGUAUGUGAAUGAUGAUGCAGAUGUGGUGAGCGGGAAGGACAAGGCAGAGUUUGCCCGGAGUUUUGUGCACGUGCCGCAUAGGGCGAAUAAGAAGCUCAAGACGACCUUGAGGUUGGGGAUAACGAAUUUACUGACCGAUUUGGGGGCGGAGGAGGAUAGUAGUGUGGUGGUGACACUGGUGCCGAAGUUUGGGAAAACGCCUAUCACCAAAGGUGGAUUCUUUUUUUUUUUAGAACAUAAUUGGUUUGGGUGA